AAUAUCAUCAUAAAAACUAAAAAGGAAUCAACUUUUUUUCAAAAACGGUGGUAAAUUCUAAAAAGCUAGGGCUCCAGAAUAGAAACAUCCUUGCUUUGUAGGAAAUUUAAAGGUCUAGGCCAUUACUUCUGGUGUUAUAGGCUAAUUAUGUGAUGACCUGAUAAAAUUGUCCUUGUCACCUGAUGAACAAUACUAGCGAGUAAGGUGCGUAGUGGGGAAGCAGCAUGCAAUGCAUAAGCUGGUUAGUUCCCAUUUAUUGACCAUAGAUAACGGUGUCUUUUUUGUGUGUUUUCAGGGUCCAGUUUCGUUUACUGGCAAUGAGGAGAGGGAAGGAAUAAUAGUAGUAAAGCAAUUCCAAGAGGGUGGAACGAAGCUAGUACCAAUUGGCCAACAUUAUACUAAACUAGACAAGUUUGACUUGUUUAACGCCACCAAGGACACUCUAUGGAAAGAUGGCCGCACACCAUUGGACCGGUCGCAAAAACAACAGAAAUUGCAAAUCAUUACCUUGGAACUGUUCGUUGUCUUCUCAACCGCAGCAUCCAUUGGUAUUCUAUUAGGGAUCGUGUUUCUGGUGUUCAAUCGAUACUACCGGAAGUACAAGUUUAUCCGGCUGUCGGCACCGCUGUUUAAUGACGUCGUGGUGGUGGGCUGCAUCCUGUGUCUCAGUACCGUGUUCUUAUUUGGCUUGCGUGAUUUUGAGGUGCCAAAAACAACCAUGCCUCCUAUCUGUAAGGCCCGGGCAUGGAUUCUCAGCAUAGGAUUUUCCUUGGCUUUUGGAGGGAUGUUUAUUAAAACAUGGCGAAUCUACAAGAUUUGCACCAACAAGCGUCUUAAAGUUCGCCUGGGCCCAUUGUCUGAUUGGUGGAUGCUUGCAAUGGUGGGUGGGAUUGUUUUGAUUGACGUGGCUUUGUUGACCGCUUGGGAAGUUGAGGAUCCGCUGAAAUGGGAACAGCAUAAUUUUAAUGAAGAGCGAAAUCCAGACACACCGAACAUAAUCAUCAUACCCACAUUGAAUACAUGCACAGCUAAAUAUCUGACCGUAUGGUUGGCUCUAAUCUACGUCUGCAAGGGAAUCCUGUUGCUGUAUGGCCUAUUUCUCUCUUAUGAGACAAGAAACGUUGUGUACGCGCAUCUCAAUGAUUCACGUGUCAUCGGCAUCUGCGUGUACAACGUGGUUGUACUGUCUACCAUCGGUGCAUUUUUGGCGCUGAUUCUAAAUACUGAACAGUAUGAGCAGCUCUAUGCUGCGCUCUGUGUGUGUAUAAUAAUUCCCGCCAUCGCUACCAUAUCCCUAAUCUUCAUACCCAAGCUGGUUCAUCGCGUGAAGAUGAAUUCUCUCGAUGACGAGACAGGAGAAACGACGAUAACCCACACUAGAGGCCAUCCCUCCAUGGACAUCACCAGCACGUAUUACGGGACUGAGAUGGGAGGGGAAAGAUAUGUAGAUGCUUCCUCAACAAACACGCUGUGUGUCCAUCAAAAUGGAGAACCCGGCCUCUCUCCGAUUCCUACACCGACUCCUCCCGCCAAGAUUCAAGAACUGUCGCCAAAAGCUCUUGAAGAUUGAGUCCGGAAUGUUUUGAAUUAUAAUAUGUAUAAUUUGACUACACGAAAGCGUUAGCAUGAGACAAGUUAAAACUAUAAACUUCAUUGCGAGCUAUUGACUUAGUCUUCCUGUUGGCAUCUUUGGAGCUAUGGAAAAGAAAAGAACUCGUUUUGAAACACAUUGAGAAAAAUACAUUCGAUGUCACUCAGUUUCACGUAUAAAUUCAAUUGCUUAUUAGCUGGACUUCUUAGCUGGACUUUUUAGCAUAGCUCCUUAGCUGGACGAGAAAGUGCGUACAGUAGAGACAUUUGAAAGCAGUGCAUUAUAUGACGAGAAAAAAAAAGUGGUUCUAACUUGGCGAGUUGCAAGAUUAUCUUUGACAGCUUUACCUGAAACGUUCAGUACACUCAUCCUCGUGUUAUGGUAAUACAAAAUACUGAAAUUAUUGGUGGCCAAGCAAAAUAGAGACAGUAUUUUUAUUGCAUCUCCCCAAAAGAGUAGUAUUCAGCCUUACCUCUUCAUUUGCUAAUCACUCUCGGUGAUACUCAAGUUCUCCGGUGGACGAUUUGAGUGGACGAUUUCAGUACACUCAUCUUCUUCUGAUGGUAUUGCAAAAGCGUUGAAUUACUAAUGACCAAGCAAAAUGGAGACAGUAUUUCUAUUGGAUAUCCCCAAAAGAGUAGCAUUCAGCCCGCCUCUUCAUUUGCUAAGCACUCUUGGUGAUACUCAAGUUCUCCAGUGGACGAUUCGAAUGGAUGAUUUCAGUACCUCUUCUUCCGAUGGUAUUACAAAAGCGUUGAAUUACUGAUGACCAAACAAAAUGGAGACAGUAUUAUAAUGGUAUCUCCCAAACGGUUAGCGAUCAGCCCGCCUCUUCAUUGGCCAACCACACUCGGUGAUACCCAAGUUCUCCAUUGGAUGAUUUGAGUGGUGCAGAUUUGUUGGUGGUUGGACCAAAGGCCGUUGUCAUUCCCUCAUACAUGCCGAGGCUGUCGGCCACAAUCAGCACACAGUUGGAUGCAUUCAUACAGUUUCAGCCAGCAUUCAUUUGCACAGUAUCUCGCUGUUCUUUGAACAACGCUGGACAAUGAUGAAUUUCAACGAGCGUUACGUAUCAUCGCGGACGGAAUGAUCUCAUCGACGACUUCGAGUCCUGUCUUGUUUUGUGAAGCAGAUCAAAACAACUGAAACUCAAACUGUUCCUUCCACAGCACUCUAGCGAGACGUCUAAGAAACAACUCUCCAACGUCGACCUUGCCAUCAGAGAUAUAAUUGAUCUCAAUUUUUCAAAGCAAGGAUUUUUUCCCAAGGCCCUGUGGGGAGACUUGCACCGUUUACAAGGUUCUUUAUUACUGGUCAAACGAAACAAUAGGUAGACAACGCAAACAAUACCCCCAGGCCUAAGAGCAAAAGAGGUGCAAAUUAAAAAGAACGAAUAAAAAUAGAGCUCUUGAAGAGGUGCAGGUCAACUGAACCCUGUGAGAGCGCGGACAAUGUGGAAACUUAUCCACGGCGGAAAUGUUACGGCCUUAGUUAAACAUAGCCUUAAAUUUAAUAUAUUUGUGUACUAAAGAAGUAAGGUACCUAAUACUUUAUAGCGGAAUGUACAUGCGGGAAACAAAACCCAGAAAAUGAGAAUGAAUUCAAGAUCUGACAGAAAACAACUUCGCAGACUCUACCGGAGAAAAACAGGCGCCGUAAUAAUAUGCAAUAUGAGACAGCCGUGUUUUCGACUUUUUUCACAUAAAAUGCCUGUGUUAUUUUAAUGAAGUCCUAAGCCUUAGCAAGCUGUUAACCAGCUUUCAUGAUUAAUUAACGAUAACCGUCGAAAAUUCAUUCAGCUGGUUUUUUGAGACCUUAAUAAUUAUAUACUGUUAUUCAUAAUUGUGUCAAUAUUGCAUCUUUAUCUCCUCGAGUCCUGACAUCGACACACAAGUUCUUCCCUCUGGUCUGGGUACAUUUCUUAUACUCUGAGUUGUGAGAAUUCAAGAUAAUGUUACGCGGGAGUGUUACGUUAGCCUACUUUAGCCGGCUCGUUUCAUUUCAUGUGAACUGCUUGAAUAAAUUUGUACUCAUAGUUGAAAAAGGCUGGAUGACGAUCAGUUUUUAGGUGCUGGUUGAUUUUACAUCCAGUUUCAGUUUAGUCUGACAAGAGAACAGAAAACAGUAAAAUUCGGGGCUUGAAAAAAAGGAAAAAUACUUUAGCAAGUCUACUUUUAAUAUCAAUAAUUGAUAAAUUAUUCUGAGCGUUUGUUCUCACAUCGGAAAUCGUCAAAUCUUCGGUGAAGUAUUCGUAAAAAGCUUCGGAUUAAUCUCGUUCCCAGAUCUCUUGUGGACGAAGCCGAAGGGAGAGCUGGCCAAAGCCGAUUUGUACCACGUGUCAGGAGUGUGACAGGCGAGGCAAGUGCGCAUGCCCAAAAUAAAUUCCCAAAAUAAAUUCCCAAAAUGGCGGAAGAGAAGGACUCAGAAGACUGACUCAAGCGUGUAGAAUUUAUAGGUUAAGCCACGUUGCAGUAUUUUUAGGUUAGCUUAGGGUCAGGCAGAGAAUUAAGUUAGUUGUGAGUUUGUUUUGUAGGUUAAAGUUAGCUAGCAAAUAUUGUAAGCAGCAUCCUUGCUCGUCGCUGUGGAAGUUGCCCCUGGACAUGGCGUACGUGUCAAAUACUGAAUUUGACCGCGCAUUGAAGUUUUCCUUAACUGAACGGGGAACGCCUGCGUUAAAGUUAAAAACUAAACAGCUAGAGGCUCUGAGAGCUGCGGUGCAAUCGCAAACCUCUGGUUGGUAUUUGUUGUGUUUUUGUCAAAUGUUGCACAUUCACCUGACUGCGCCAUAUUUGUAACAUUUGACACAUUCAAGUUUGCCGCGGAAAACCGCGUAAAUGUUCAAAGAAGGGAUUGGAGAGGAGUCAAAUUCAGCAGCCAAUCAAGAAAAAGAAAUUUUCUUACUUUGCCAGAUCUCGCCUUCGGCUUCGUCCACAAAAGAUCUGGGAACGAGAUUAGCUUCGGAUAUCAAACAAUAGCGAGUACUGUCGCGAGCACUCGAGAAUACUCCGAAAGUUGUCAUUCUAAUAAACUGCUUGACGAAAUCUGCGGGCUCAGAAUUUGUCAUCACUGGACCGAAUCAUGGCCAAGAAAAGGCAAACAGUUGGGUUACUGAUUUCCUGAUCACAACGAAAAACAAAGCAUACAUCGGGCCAGCAAGAAAUAAUAAAUUGAACCGAUAUCAAAACUAAGAGUGAAAACAUGUAACCUGUUCUAAACCAAGUCACGGUUGGCUUGGAAUUUACUGCUCACUGGCUGAAAAAAACAAAUGUUUGCAUGUUGCUCAAGUUUUGUUUUGAGGAGAUCACAAAGCCGAGCAAGACUUAAAACCAGAGAAAAGAGUUUGCCUUAUUUCUUUGUCAUUUUUGGUUUCGCCGUUGAAAACUGCGCUCAACAAGUAAAACAAUUCUUGCCGUUGCCAAACGGUGAUUAUGGUAUUCAAAAAUAUUUUCCCACUUUCCCACUUCUAGCUACUUCUAUUAGCUUUUACCGAACAACUACGCUCGAGUUUCUUUGACAUCACCCCCUGUAAGACUAACAUGUUUUUUGAUUGGGUUAUAAAACAAUAAUAAAACUAACAAGAACGUAGCUUCCCAAGUAGACUCCUUUGGGUCAAAAAUAUUUCACAGAGAAGAUAACACUUAAAAAGUUUUAAAGAAAGUCAUGUAAUUUAAGCUUUGAUGACAUAAACGUGCCACUGAAAAUGCAACGCUUCAAGAGAUUUCAACUUUCAAAUGUAGCUAGGAGUCUAGCAGAUAAACAUCUCUUUCCACCAUUUUCUCUUGCUCUUACCCAUGGUACCAAUUUCUUGCUUGAUGGAAAAACUUGUCACUGAGAGUCACUUGUAAAACUUGCCUAAUAAAAAACAAGACUAUUGCAA